AUGGCGAAUCCCGAGGGAGCUACUUCCCGCCCAUCCAUUACCCGAUGCGUUGCAACGGAUCCAUCAACCACAACAGAGAAGCUCGUCGAGAUCAUCAACCGUGAUGGCGGCGUGAUAUUGGAGAAGUUAAUCGAUCUCCAUCUCACCGCAGAGAUCAAGCGAGACCUGAAGCCGUACUUUGACGAAGACAUCCCAGACAAGUACGGCUUCUUCCCAGCAACGACGCAGAGAGCAUCCGGUUUACUGGGUAUCUCAGACGCCUGUGUGGAGCUCGCGUGCAACCGCUUGUAUACUGAUGUCGCGAAUGCUAUGGUCUCUUCAUCGUUCACCUUCUGGAGGGGCGACAAACAGAAGACUGUCAGCGGGAAGCCCAUCAUCUCAUCGACAGUGGGAUUCCGGGUGAAUCCGGGAGGGAAGCAACAAGUGCUACACCGUGAUGACAAUGAUUAUCAUCCCCAUGACAAGCAGAUGCCCGUCCUGAUCGGUUGCGUCACCGCCUUGACGAAAACAACGGCAGCGAACGGCGCGACUGUCGUGAUUCCGGGUUCACACCUGUGGGGUCCCGAACGUCGUCCGCUCGACGAGGAGACCAUUCCAGCUGAACUUGAGCCCGGCGACGCCUUGAUUUUCCUCGGGAAUCUGGAUGAAUACCGGGAGACUGUCGGCAUCUUCCUGUGUCAGCCGACACUGCGUCCUGCAGAGAACCAGUUCCUCAUGGUGCCGUUUGAGCGAGUGAAGAAGAUGAAGCCGCAGGCACAACGUCUUCUGGGAUAUGGUUUAUGCGAGCCGGGUGUUGGUUUCAUGAAGUAUCAGGACCCGAUGCGAGUGCUCUUCGGUGUGGAGGACGAAGAGACAGUCGAUUUCUAG